AUGCACUUCAGUCCUGCCGCCGCCGCCACCAUCUUGGCCUUUGCCUCUUCGGCUCUCGCCGCGCCCUACAGCAGCACCCGCACCGAGCAGGCUCCCGCUUCCACUUCCACUCCCGCUCCCGCGCUGUCUCUGACCCAACAACUCUUCCUCGCCGACACCGCCGCCGACCGCUUCAAGCUCCUCCCUGACGACAAGCAGUUCGUCUUCGACUUCAACCAGCCCCAGGCCAACCCCGGCAAAGGUGGCGAGCUCAUCGCCGCGAACCGCAAGACCUUCCCAGCCCUCGUCGGCACUGGCUCCGCGAUGGCAUUGGGCCGUAUUGGUCCAUGUGGUAUGAACACUCUGCACGUCCACCCGCGUUCCGCCGAGCUCCAGAUCGUGGUUGAGGGUCGCCUCAUCACCGAGAUGACCCCCGAGAACGGCGUCGUCCUGGCCGCGGACGGCAAGACCCGCCGCGUCAUCCGCACCGAGCUGGGCCCCUACCAGAUGACGCCCUUCUACCAGGGCUCCAUCCACAGCCAGUUCAACCCGGACUGCGACGACGCCGUCUUCGUCGCGAGCUUCGCCGCCGAGGACUUUGGCACGGGCCAGGUCGCCGACAGCACCUUUGCCUUCAGCGACGACUUGAUCGCCGCUACCUUUGGGCAGAGCAUUGCCGGCGAGGACAUUGACCGCGUCCGCAAGGCCAUUCCCGCCAGCAUUGCUCUCGGCGUUGACGAGUGCCUGAAGAAGUGCAACAUCAAGAAGCGCUCCCUGUAA